UUCAAAGAAAAUGGCAGUGUUCGUCGUACUGUCCUAACAUUCUAAUACAUAUACUGUCAACACGCCGGCAUCGUCUGGUGAGCUACUCGACUAUAUAACCCUUGUUCGUUAUUAACUAUUAGUCACUGACACUAAUCGUAAGACAAGAGAAAAUGUGGGCAAGGCGUUAAGGAGGCAUAAUUGUACAAAUGCAUCCUAAACCACUCUUGGACUUGUGCAUAGACCAUCUCGUCAAUGCCACAGCUUGUUACCAGCGGAUGUGCAAUGACUAUGAGGCAAUAUGGAGGGAUGUGGGUCACGUGUGGGCGGAUCUAUGGUACCUGCCGCCAUGUGUCCCUGCUCGUGCCACUCAACUCCUGCAUACGCAUCUACUGCAUACCCACUUCCUGCAUGAGCACCAAGAAAAUGAUAUUUAUGAGAUGACUUGCCCAAUUUUAACCCUGUUAGCUGUAAAAAUUCGUAAAAUCACCAUUAUCCCAGUAGUUCGACAGUUACCAAGUCUAUCUUCCUCGGCCUUCUUCUCAGUGAAUGGUGUGUUUAGUGGAGAGUAUUGGCUUCAGGAACUGGAUUUCACAGGUAUUGAUCUCAUUCAAGAUUUGAGUGUGUUAGAGGUGUUGUUACCUUUGUGUCCAGAACUCAGUGUCCUCAAGUUGGGAGGCAACACAACUCCAGAUGUAUUGCUUGCAGCAAAGGCCUGUCCUCUCACCAUUCUCCACAUAAGUGAACGACUUGUUUGGGAGCCUAGAAUUUUUGAAGAUGUUCUAAUAGAUAUUGUUUUAGGUUCUAAAAUACACAAUUCAGGAGAGCUCUUGGAGAGUGUACGACGAAGAAAGCCAUUAGAUCUCAACCCAACCUGGCCACACCUUACUGAUUUCUCGAGUGGGUUUUGUAGAGUGAAGCAGGACUUUAUACUGAUGAUUCUUAUAGUGUUUAAGAAAUUGCAUUCCCUAGCAAGUAGAGUUGUAGAUGUACAUAAAGCUGUCCGAACAUUUUAUGAACUGCAGACACAAGUUCCAAAUAUGCAUAAACUGUCCCUGAAGACCAAUUCUGUGUACUGUCAUAAAGAUAUGAUAGACAUCUUUUCACGUGUUGCACCCAAACUUGAAACAUUGAAGUUAACAGCAUUGGGCAGUGACAUCUCACAGGUUUCUAAUAGUUUCCCAUUCCUAAGAGAACUUCAUGUGGACUUAAAAUUUUUUGAUCCAGAUGUGUCUCCUGCUGAGAUUUUAGCUGGUAUUGGAUUACAACUCACUGUGCUUAGGCUUCAGUCAAGUACCUGUAGUUAUUAUGAAAUGCCCCAGAGGUGUAUUUCAUCACUGCUACAAGUGUGUCCACGUCUUCAGGAUUUAACUUUAGCCUUUAACCGUGGUAUACAAUGUGAUCACUUUGGUGUUCAGGAAAUGCCAUGUUUUGAAAAUAUAACUUCACUUGUGUGCAAGUCGGGUCGCUUUAGGCAAGAACCAUUAAAGUGCCUCCUGAAAAUGUUUCCAAAGCUACAGACACUUUCUAUUGAAGGAAGAGUAAAUAAUUUUGAAUCCGUAUUGCAACAUCUAACACAAUUCCAGGACUUGAGAAUUUUGAAAUUGUUAAGGCUUGAAAAGAUAGCUGUGGAAAGUCUGUGCGAGUUACCAAGGAUGACCAGUGACCGAAGAUCUUGGGAACUGUAUGUUUCUCCUAUUCUGGUUUCACGGUCAGACAUUAAGAAAUUGCAAAACUGUGGAUGGACUUAUAUUCCUAUUAGUGAUAUUACCUCUCUUUAAUAUGUUAGCUGGGGAUUCUUUUUUUGUGUGCAUUUAUUUUAAUUCCUUUAAUGAAACCUUGAUAAAAUACAGUAUUUAUAUUUUAAUGCUGUCAACCCCUCUACCUCCCACCCAGGAGGCUAGUGCCAUGUAAACAAUGUCUUCUCUGGCCACACCCCACAAAUUACAAUGAGUUUUGUAAAUAAGGCGGCUGCUGAUACUAAUACUAACACUUUCCUUGAUAAGAUAGUGGUGUUUGAAAUCCUACUCGAACAGGAAACUCAACCUGGAGGACUGUGAGUUCAAUAUAUUGUACAGUAGAUGGAUAUGACUCAUUUAUGAACCUUUCUCAAGUAACUUACAAGAGGGGUGUUGUUUUUAUGCUAGGCAAGACCUUAGAGCCAACCAGGUGAGGGUACAGAGGAGGAUGUUUUUGAAGAAUCAAUUUGGUGUAAAAUUAUAUUAAAGGGGAGAGACCUGCUUAUUGUUGGGUGCAUCUACAAAUCCCCAAACUGUAGCUUAUUAAACCAAAGGAACUUACGAGCCUUAAUUGACAAUGUACGGCGGUUAACUACAGAUACAGUACCUCCUUGUCAUGGGAGACUUCAACUAUAGCGACAUCAACUAUAGAAAUGAAACCGUGCCAAAUGACCUUAAUGAUCCCGCUACUCUUUUUGUAGAAACAGACAAUUUUCUAUUCCAACAUGUUAAAGAUCUGACUCGCUACAGAGGGGAGCAAACAUCCAAACUGCUGGACCUCAUCAUAACUAACGAGGAGGGUAUGGUGGCCAAACUGGAACACCUCUCCCCUGUCAGCACCAGUCACCACAUAAUGUUGUCCUUCAGAUUUAACUUGCUUGGUUCAUGACAAAAGCAGGCCAAGGUUCAAAUAUUACAAGGGCGAUUACGAUAGGAUUAGGGAGGAGAUGAGGGAUAUUCACUGGCCUGACUCUCUGACAUACAAGAACGCAGAUGCUGGCAGAUGCCCACUCCACAAGGGUCACAGUUCAAGGUCGUUGAAGCCACAAGUCCAGGAAAUUGUUAGGGCAAACUUUUUCGGAGAGAGAAUUGUAAACUCUUGGAACACACUACCAGA